AUGUUUUUCCAGCAAUGCAAGAUGAACAUUUGCAAGGAAAUAGCGGGCCGACAGAUAUGGGACACUCCUGCUUCCUCAGUCCUGUUCGGCCCCGCGAGUGGCUUUGUCGGCUAUGCCCGCACCACCUUCAAGCUCAUAAAAAACUUCCCCGUCGUCGAACUCAAUACCAGUGGCACAAGAACCAAUUUCAACAGGUUCAAUCGUCGCCAUGAGACCGUCCGCAAUUUGAUCACCAGUGGACCUGCAAUUUCUGCGCUCUCCGGUAUGCUGGAUCAGCAACUUGAUGAACUCUUCGGCCAACAUCUCGACAAUAGUCAAUAUGAGGAACGCGAGUGCAAAAGCUUGACUGAGUUAUAUGUCAGCUAUCUACAUGAGUUAUAUGAUUGA